GUGCGGCAGCGUCAUGUAGUUACCUCUCUCAAAUGGAAUAAAGACAACGAUGGAGAUCGUCUGGGGGAAUAUCUUCUUUAUUUUAAUACUCACAACUGACAGAAUCCUGCACUCCCAGUCCUUCAAUGUCGGCACUUCAGGUGCAAAGAUUUUCAGCGGACUAGCUUCGGAGGAGUUUGGCUACACAAUUCAACAAGCAACAAACCAUGAAGGCAAAUGGCUCCUGGUCAGCGCUCCGUGGAGUGGUUUCGGUGGAAACAGGAACGGGGAUGUUUACAGAUGUCCGGUCUUAGGGUCCAAAAACAGCUGUGACAAACUCAACCUUCAAGAUUCCAUCAGCCUUCCAAAUGUCAAAAAUAUCAAUGACAACAUGUGUCUGGGUUUGACCCUCACCAGGAUGCCUUCAGCCAGUGGCUUGAUGAUGUGUGCGCCUAUUUGGGGACAGCAGUGUGGCAAUCAGGACUUCUACCCAGGGAUAUGUGCAAAACUGAGCCCUCUGUUUCAGCCUCAACCUGCCUUCUCUCCUGCUCUCCAGAAAUGUGGAGGUCCGAUGGAUAUUGUGAUUGUUUUGGAUGGCUCCAACAGCAUCUACCCGUGGGAUCCAAUGACUCUAUUCCUCGAGAAACUGAUACCUGCACUGGACAUCGGGCCCGAAAACACACAGGUCAGCGUUAUUCAGUACGGUGUCAAUGCCAGGUUUGAAUUCCCACUGAAACAGUACAAAACCAAAGAAGAGGCGAUCGCUGCAGCAUCAAGAAUUACACAAAUGUAUGGUUCAUCUACAAAUACCUUCCAUGCCAUUCGAUAUGCCAGUCAAUGGGGAUUCCAUCAUAGCAAUGGUGGUCGGCCCAAUGCUGCAAAGGUACUAGUGGUCGUCACUGAUGGGGAAUCACAUGACAGUGCCUUCAGAGAUGAUGUUAUCGCCGAGUGUGAGAAACAAAGCAUCACACGCUUUGGUAUUGCUGUCCUGGGUUAUUACAUCAGAAACCAAAUCGACACAGAAAACCUGAUCAAAGAAAUUCAGUCGAUUGCCAGUAAACCCACAGAAAAGUACUUUUUUAAUGUGUCAGAGGAGGCAGCCCUGUCCACUAUCGCUGGGACACUGGGGAACCGCAUCUUCAACUUAGAAGGCACUGGGAAAGAGGGUGACAACUUUAAAAUGGAGAUGUCACAGGUGGGAUUCAGCGCUCACUACUCCAGCAGACAGGAUGUGAUGAUGCUGGGAGCAGUGGGAGCCUAUGACUGGAGUGGGACUGUCGUUCACCAAAAAGGAUCAAAAGUAGACAUUCUACCUUCCUCAGCCUUUAAGGAAACGCUUCAAGACCGCAGUGACAGCUCACUACUGGGUUAUUCGGUCACCACAUUGAGUGAUAGGUCUGCAGAGUACUUUGUGGCCGGUGCACCUCGCUCCAACCACUCAGGACAAGUUAUUGUCUACACUGUCAACACACAGAAACAAUCGACUAUCAUAGAUUCAGAGCGUGGGAAACAGAUUGGCUCAUACUUUGGAAGCGUCCUGUGCUCCCUGGAUGUUGACAACGACGGGGUGACAGAUGUGCUGCUGGUGGGUGCACCCAUGUUCAUGAGUGAUCUAAAGAAAGAAGAGGGCAGGGUCUACCUCUUCUCUGUCACUAAGGGAAUCUUGAAUGAGCAGGGAUUCCUCAAUGGUCCACCACAAACUGAAAAUGCCCGGUUUGGCAUGGCUAUCUCUGCCGUUCCUGACCUUGACCUUGAUGGCUACAGUGAUGUUGUAGUUGGUGCCCCACUGGAAGACAAAGGAAAGGGCGUCAUAUACAUCUACAAUGGGGAUAAGAAGACAGUAAAAAAGCAGUUCUCACAGAGAAUUGCUGGCUCCAAACUGGAUCCUCAGUUGCUGUAUUUUGGGAGGUCCUUAGACAGCUACAAAGAUCUGAAUGAUGAUUCAAUCCCUGACAUCUCUGUGGGUGCAUAUGGCAAAGUUGUACAGCUUUGGUCCAGAGGCGUUGCAUCUGUCAAAGCAAAAGCUUCUUUCAAGCCAGAUAAAAUCAACAUUUUCAACAAACCUUGUGUCAUUAAUGGACGCAGCCUACCAUGUUUCAACACCAACCUGUGUUUUACUGCUGCAUUCAGGCCCAAGAACCCUGUUGGACCCAUUGAUGUUUCCUACAAUUUGACCCUGGAUGCUGACUUGCAGUCAUCACGAGUGACAUCAAGAGGAUUGUUCACAAAAAACAAUGAACGCUACCUCACAGAAAAGGCAAAGAUAUCAUCUACACCUCUAUGUCUACGCUACGAAGUUUAUGUUCAGGACACACCGGAUUUUGUCAACUCCCUCAGUCUGAAGGUAGAAAUUGAGCAGCAGAGCGCAGAUGUCAACCCUGUCCUCGAUAUGUUUUCCCCGAGUGCCUGGGAGUUUUUUAUGCCCUUUACAAAAGAUUGUGGAUCUGAUGAAGUGUGUGUAAGUGAUCUGGUGCUCAGUGUGAAGACAGACACAAAGGCCACCAGCUCAGCUCCUGUCCUGGUCAGUGCUAACAACCGAGAACUGUCAUUUGAAGUUGUUGUGAGGAAUAAAAAGGAGAACGCAUAUAACACCCAGGUCUUGGCCACAUUCUCCAACAACCUAUACUACUCCUCCGUCUUUCCCCCAACAGAUGGAGUCAAAUGCACAUCAACACAAUUACAGACAGUUACCUGCCAAGUGGGAUACCCAGCAUUAAAAAAAGACCAGGAGAUGAAAUUUCUGCUGAAUUUUGAAUACAGCUUUGAUCAGCUGAAAGAGCAAGCUGAGGUGAAAUUUGAGGCCAAAAGUGACAGUAAAGAGGAAAAACCUGCAGACAACAAAGCAGAUAUUUCCAUUCCUGUUCGAUAUGAUGCUGGGGUUGUUUUGUCCAGGCAGUCAAACAUCAAUUUCUAUGUAGCAGAUUCGUCUAUUCCUGUAGUGACGACAGUGAAAACUUUAGAUGACAUCGGCCCGGAGUUUAACUUCACAGUGAAGGUUUCUACAGGAACCUUUCCAGUAAAGCUCCUGUAUCUGACCAUCACUCUGCCAAUGACCACUACAGAUGGAAAUCCUCUCCUCUACAUUACCAACAUAAACGCAGGCUCUUCUAUCAGCUGUGACUCCAGCAGCCUGAUUGAUCCCCUGCAGAUCGGUGUGAAGACUCACAAAGCGUCCUUCUCUGGGGAGAGCCUCAGAGGCAUCGAGAAACUGGACUGCAAAACAGCAAAAUGUGAGACUAUAAAAUGCAUCCUCAAAGACACAGAGCUGAAGACAGACUACUUUGUUAAAAUUAAAACGAGGAUCUGGAGUGGAACAUUUAUUUCGGCAACAUAUCAGUCUGUUGAGCUGACGUCGAGUGUUGAUGUUGAGACCUCUAACCCUGAUCUGCUCAUUAUCGGCCUUAAACAGCAACAAGUGGUGCUGACAGUGAGUAAACCUGGAGAGAAGGGAGAUGUACCUGUAGGAGUGAUAGUUGGGAGUGUCAUUGCUGGACUGCUGCUGCUGACUCUGGCUGUAGGACUGCUGUGGAAGUUUGGAUUUUUCAAGAGAAAGUACCAGCAGCUGCAGAAAGAGGCUGAUGAUGACACACAGAGUCACGCACAUGUGGAUGAAGUGCUGUAAACAGAAUGAGGAGAAAACCUGCAGCCUUCACUCCUUGCUGGACUGUUCCCAGUGUGAAUACUGGUACGGAUCAUUGGUUCUUCUGAAGUGAAAUGGACUACAGCUCAAUCACUGGAUACUGGGCACUUGAAUGAGAUGGAAGCUUCAUAGUUUGUGGAUAGCUGAGGUUAAAUCUUCCGACAUUUAAGAGGGAAUAUUGUUUUUAAUUUUGAUUUAUGUGGACUGUGUGAUGGUUUUAUGCACUGACUUUGAAUGAAUGCAAAAAAGGUUAUUUUUCAACAUGAAAUAACCAAACUCAGCUAUUUUUAGGCUUUAUGUGAAAUUCGCUGAAAUGACGUAAUUCUGACACUAACACUGUAUUAUUAUCUAGGUUGAGUUAUGUGUUCACGUCUGUUUUGCCAAAGUUUGGGCAGCACUGUUGGUAAAUACAGGUUUAAAUUUAAAACAUUGUAACUUUCAUGUUGCAGCCAAACAAUCUUCAGAAUAGACUUCAUUUGGAUCUACUGUGACUGUCUGCACUCAGGGCUUUUCUGGCAUUGGCUAUGAAGCUAUAGAGCUGGAUUGGAUUUAAAUUGUGAUAGGCUUGUACUGUACAUACUGUAAGAUAAAAUUUUUAUCUCUCGCAUAAGUUUUGUAUGUGAAAAAAAUGGAAAUGUAUGAAUUCAUUGAUUAUUAUUUUGUGUGGGUAAUGUUGUUGUGAUGUUUUUGUUUUUUUUACCACAAAUGGCACUCCUUUUCAGGUGUUGGAAUCUAGUUAAGGCUGCAUCUUGUCACUAACCAAACCAUGUCGACCGUAGACAUCUCAGUACAUGACCUUUUUUAAACGAAAACAACUCACUGCUGUUCUUUUUUUUCUUUUCAUGAAGAAAUGUAGUCAGGUUCUGAUAAACCUGGCGCUUUAGCAGCACCCAUGCCAAGCUCCUCCGCCAUAAUUCAAGAGUGUAUGGCUGCAGCCCGGAGACCUCUUGGAUACAGACCUCUGCCAUACAGACUUCCAGGAGGAGACAGCGAUGUCCCGUGCCCGGAGGCAAGAGGUCUGGACGGGUGAGGUCUGUGUCCAAGAGGUCUCUGGGCUGCAGCCAUACCCCUCUCCCAUAAUUGAACCAGCCUCUUGUUACUGCUUGCUCAAGUCACGACUCUGCCAUGCCUGAAGUUACUGCCCCUCAUCGCUGAUUGGUCCUGUCACUUUCUAACGGGGCCCAAACGGUUCAGAUGGGAGCUUUGCAAGAUGGAUUCACCAGUGAGAAACAAGGAAACAGCCAUGUCCAUCUGGAAUGCAGGGUUGAUUAACCUGACCAUUACAAGAGUCACCAUUAAGACCUUUGUAGGAGCCCAGGCAAGAUGAACUUAGACCAGCGGGAACAGGGGAAAGAUAUCACUGAUAAGAACGGUUGUUUCAUUCAGAAUAGAGUCCAAAACCUGCACAUAUUCACAUCAGUGACAUACAGGACAAAGAAAAGAAAUUGUCAACAAGCAAAUGUUUUGCUUUUAAAGCAGUGGUUCUGAACUGGUGGGUUGGGACCCAAAAGAGGAUUAUAAAGCUGUUUUCAAUGGGUCACAAAUAUUUGGCAAGGAAAAACCUGGGGCACAAAGUCCAUGAUGUACAGAAACCCUAAGCCAUUGGUUGUUAACUCCUCAGGACCUACCACAGCUUCUUUAAUGGCAAAAAAAUUUACAAUUGCUUGUAUUCGUUUCAUAAAAAAUGUGUCAAAUGAUGUUUUGACCUUUAAUGGAACAAAAGAUAUGACUGAAAAAGAGAAAGAAUGAAAAAAAAAACAUAUCUUAACUCCAUUUUCCAGUGAUAAUGUGUACAUAUUAGGCAAUUUUCCAGACAUGUCAGGAAUUACCUUGUUGUAAUCGAAAAUGCUGUACAGCAAUACCUGCAUAUAAAAAAGGACACUGUCAGAGUUAGUACUGACACUUUUACAGUGUCUAUAUCAGUCCACACCACAGACUGUUGAGUGGACUCCUUUUUGGACAUUCAGUACCUUAACAUUAAUGAAAAUUUGACUCUUAAUGAUAACCAGUGUUACUUUAGCUGAACAUUUCUUUUUAGAGGUGGGCAUUUACUCUGUCAGUGUAUAAUUUCAGCUGUUAAAGUGUUAAUCUCAUGUGAAUACUGUAAGGUGUAAAUUUGUAAUUAAAUACAAAAAAAUGGGAAUAUUGAUAAAAGAAAGAUUUCCGUUCACAUUGGGUGUACAUUUGAAAUUAUUACAACUUUUGAUCAUUGACAAGUUAAAAUAUACUUUUCGUAACUACUAAUAAUUCCCAUUUAUAUAUUGGAAACCCGUGGCUGAGUCAGGUGUGUUCUGGUAAAGAUGGAGCAAAGAGACAAUCGCAGCGUUGGGAAACAUCCUUUGAUAAGAAUCGGCUCAUUAUCAGCUCAGAAUUUAAAUCAUCUGAAAUUUUUAACACUGAGAUUUCAACUCUCCAGGUUGUGCUGUGUGCUUUGUUAUCCCAACUAAAGUAGAUAAAUAAGCUGAAAUGCUAAUGAGACAAUAUAAUGGAUAGAAAGAGUAAAAUAGCACGUAUCUCCAGUAUGGGCUUUAGUACUUCAAAGACUUUUGGCCACCAUUUUUUCCAGACACACUGAAAACAGCUCUGUGACCCACUUUUGGGUCCUGACCCACCAGCUGAGAGCCACACGGAUGCACAUCCAUGCACAUCCAUAUGGUAUUUUACUUAGUUUCCCUAUAACAGUGAGAAGUUUUGGAUGAUAUGUCAGUGUUUGAUUUACUUAACGUCUUGUCUUGAGAUAACAAAGUUGGUUUUCCAAAGACAACAAGGUAAUUCCUCAAGAAAUUACCAAAACUUCCUGUUCUCAAGAGAAUAUGGAGAAAAAUAAACUGUUUCCAUGCAUGUCCUACUAAGACUUCUGUA